AUGUACUCUCGUACCUUAGAGUGCUGCCAUCCUAGAAGCCUAUCAGAAGCCGCUCAUUGUCCAUGCAUCCUACUCUUGCCCCAGUGUCCACUUUCCGCUCUCAUCGAACCGUUCUCUAAAUUAGCAGCCCACAUGUGGGUUCUACAUGAUUGGAACGAUGAUGAAUGCAUCCAAAUCCUGAAGAAAUGCAAGGAAGCUGUUCCAGAAGAUAAUGGGAAGGUGAUAAUCGUUGAAGCUGUGAUUGGUGAAGCGAAGGACGACAAGUUUGAGUAUGUUAGGCUGAUGCUAGAUAUAGUGAUAAUGGCUCACACUAAUACAGGUAAAGAGACGACCUCAAAGGAAUGGGAAUCUGUUAUUCAGAAGGCUGGCUUUCGCUCUCACACUAUCAAACCCAUUGGUGCUGUGCAAUCUAUUAUUGAAGCCAUAUAUGCGGUGGGAUUUGCUGCUAAUAAAGAUGCUAUCCAGAAGAGUAAUUACAUGUCUUCUUACAAUUAUUUGUGGAUUCUACAUGAUUGGAACGAUGAUGAAUGCAUCCAAAUCCUGAAGAAAUGCAAGGAAGCUGUUCCAAAAGAUAAUGGAAAGGUGAUAAUCGUUGAAGCUGUGAUUGGUGAAGUGAAGGACGACAAGCUUGAGUAUGUUAGGCUGAUGCUAGAUAUGGUGAUGAUGGCUCACACUAAUACAGGUAAAGAGAGGACCUCAAAGGAAUGGGAAUCUGUUAUUCAGAAGGCUGGCUUUCGCUCUCACACUAUCAAACCCAUUGGUGCUGUGCAGUCUAUUAUUGAAGCCUUCCCUUGAUGUUUAACGCAAGUGUGGGCUUGCUUAAAAAUUUCCUUUUAUCAUUGAAACCAAUAAUGGCAUGUGCCAAUUAAUUAUUAAAUCUUUCUUUUUCUUUUUUCUUUCUUAUGUUUGUUUGCCUGUUGUGAGUUGGAUGUAUUGCACCCAAGAUAUAUGCGGUGGGAUUUGCUGCUAGUAAAGAUGCUAUCCAGAAGAGUAA